AUGGCUUCAGAGCCCCCCUCCUCUCCGCCAGGCCACGGGGCCAGCGCAGAGGACACCCUUCACUGGUACAAGUCGCAAUAUGAACAACUAGAGGCUGAGCUUGUUGAGUUCAGGGAUUCCAGCAGGGAGCUGGAACAGGAGUUGGAGAAGGAUAUCGAACGCGCAGAGAAGCAGGAGCGCCUGCACCAAGAGAAAGCCGAAACUCUCGGUUACGAAGUGGAAGAGUGGAAGAGAAAAUACAGAGAAUCAAAGACCGAAGCUAGCGCAUCCCAGAAUACGCUCGAGAAAGAGAUCACUACCCUUCGAGACACGAACCGAACUUUGCAAUUGAAGCUGAGGGAUAUCGAGGUUGCCAACGAUGAUUUUGAGCGACAGGCGCGCAACACCACCUCAUCGCUGGAGGAUAUGGAAUCCAAGUACAACCAGGCGAUCGAGAGGGCUGUUUUGAUGGAAGAGGAGAUUAAGAUGGGUGAGCAGGAACGUGAACAGCUGCGCAUCGAAUCGCAGCGCCUGCGCGAGGAGUUGGGCGACCUCAAGAUCGAGGCCGAGCUUCUUCAGGACAAGAUCAAGAAGCAAGAGUCUCGCCAUUUGUCCACCAUUUCGACCGACCUUUCUGUCCUUGGCUCACCAACUUUCACCCAUCCUGCCUCUCCAGGUUCUACCGCCAGCUCUCCUCUCAUUACCACGCCUCCCAACUCCAAGUCGCCCAUACCAGAUGACGAUGGCGAUACUCUUUCCGAGCUUCCUGACCCGCCUUCGCCUCCCAUGUCUGACGUUUCUCUGCAUCUGCCCAAGGUAGCAUCCACGAGAACCCCGGCUCACGCAAGGACAGUCAGUCGCUCGCGCUUGCCCUCAGCCGACAACAGCACCACUCCCAAGCCUCGUUCCAAGCCUCCUACUAAAACGACCCGUGCACCUGGCAGCCGCAUCUCGACAGGCGGUGCCACGACGAUGCGCACGCCCGCCAGCCGUGCUGUAGGGCCCCGAUCGGCUUCAAACAAGCUUCCUGCUUCCAACUCUCUUACUCAUAUUCGAACUCUGACGGCGCAAAUGCAGCGCCUCGAGGCCCGCGUGCACUCUGUACGAUCUAAGCUUCCCGGGCCGUCGCGCACGCCACCUCGAGCUUCACCUCGGACUUCAGUUUACAGUGCCACCAACAUGCCUGCGUCGGUUACGAUCCGUUCUCGCAAGCGCACUGGUGGCUCUGCCGCAUCUUCGAUAGCUGGCGACGAUACGCCAAGCAGCAUUCCUCCGUCUGCGUCCAAAUCAAGCCAUGUGCCCCGCCUUAGCACGUCCGGAGUCAGCAGGCUAUCUUUUGGACCACUGCCAAACCGUGGAGGCCCAGAGGAUAUCAGCAGGCCAAGCUCACGUGCUAGUAUCACUUCUUACGCCCGACCACCGUCACGAACCGCCGGAGACAUGAUUCCACGACCCGCUUCAAGGGCAUCGCUUCCAGGCACACGAACACCUAUGGCCCGGCCUCGUUCAUCCAUGGCAGGUCCCAUGCAUGGCCACUCUGCCAGUAUUAGUCAACUUGACCUCGAAGAAGAGGAUGAAGGCGAAUACCGAACGCCAAGCCGUAGAGGCACACACUCGAACGCUGACGGCACUGGCAUUCCUAUGCCAUCGAUGCGUCGUGCGAGCACCAGCCGACGGAUCAGUGCCAAUACCAUGAGAUCCAGUAUUUCCGGACCGAGGAAACAACUGAGCGAUCUGGGAGAGACGUACUGA